AUGCAAGGGGAGGGCAGGUCUUCACCUGUGCUCGAGGGAGAAGUGGGAGGGGAGAACCACACCAAAGCCUCCAGGAAGGACCACGGCGCCGAAGACGUCGCCUUUGGUGAGGCCGCCGCGCCGGCCAGGGGUUUCCCCCGGAAUCACGCCCAACCACCAGAUCCGUCCGUCCAGAUCCCCCAAGACGGCGACGAAGCCACCAGGGGCUGGAGCAGGGCGCAGAUCGGAGCAGAUCACGGGCAGGAACGGAGCUUCUCCAGGAGCGCAGGACGACCCACGCGGGGGCGCCGCCUCUCCAUCGCCCGCCACCCCCCCGCCGACCGCACGGCCAGGGAGGCAGCCCGCCAGCACCUACCGGCGCAGCCCGCCGCACCGGCCACGCCGGACACCGCCCAUCGGAGCCGCCGCCCCGGACGCCGUAGCCCUCCGCGAAGGCGAAGCCACCAGAUCCCCGCCGCCACCUUCAUUGGUGUCGUGCGGCCGGGCCGGCGAGCACCUCAGGCGGCGGCGGAGGGAGGGGAUAGGGAGGGGGAGGCGCGGAGGGGAUUAGGGUUUCGCCCCCGGGUCGCCUCAGGCGAGGCGACGCCGGACCGCGAAAAGGAAAAACUUAGCUCCCCUCUCCACUUGAGUCUCCAGUCUCCACUCCAGCAAAGCGGCGGCCGGAGAGAAAGGAGGAUUGGCGCCGCCGGCGACCUCGGACCUCCCCGCCCCGGCAGCAGCCAGAGAUUCGAGGUCUAUCCCGCUCCCAACUUGCCAUGUAUGGAUGGAAAGAGGCAGCGGCAAUCUGCGACGCCGGCUGACCCCGUGUCUAAGGUGCUCGGCGACGACAGCCUACUCAUCGAGAUCCUCCUCCUAACCGGCUACCCAACUACCCUCGUCCGCGCUGCUCUCGUCUGCAAGCGCUGGCUCUAUCACGCCUUUGACCCCGCCUUCCUCUGCCGCUUCCGCAAUCUCCACCCGCCCCGCCUCCUUGGCUUCUAUGUCGACUCCGGUAGGUUUUGUAACAGCUCACGCUUCGUGCCGAUGCUACCAAACCCUCCAGAGUUCAACGCCAUCAUCCGCUCUGCAAGCUCCAUCCUGGAUGCCUGCAGUAACACACGUAAAAUCAUCUUGGACUGCUGCAAUGGCAACGUCUUCAUGAACACGUUCAAGAACUACAUUGGAGAACCCGGAUCAGAAAAUAUAGUGCUCAGCCCGCUCUGCCCUGAGAGGGGCAUGGUCGUCAUCCCACCAUACCCACAACACAAACUCCAAGGUGGCUAUUUCUGCACUUUCAGUGAACUCUUUUUCAAAGAAUGCGGCAAUGACUUGUCCUACUUCUAUGUGUGGAUGGAAUAUUCUAAGGAGCGAACAAAAUCUACGGUACACAUGUAUAUGUUGCAAGAUGGUGUCUGGUGUUUGCAUGCCUCGGCAACGAUGCAGCUCCCUUGUCUGCCACAGGAACUGAAUAAUCUACUUGUUGGCAAUAAAAUCUAUAUGGCGUCCACCCAGAGCGAAAUUCUUGUCUUGGAUUUGACAGCCUUAAGUUCCUCCACAUUUCAGCUUCCACAAGGGCUUGUUAUCAGUGACAGACGAACCAUGUUGUCAAGCGCAGAUGAUGAUUCUGGCGUGUGUCUCAUUCAUUUGGACGAGCUUCAGCUCCGCAUCUGGCUGCACACAGGGGAGAACUGUUUGUUGGUGGAUACCAUAUGUUUGCGUGAGAUGUGUGCUAAAUGGAGGAUGCCUGAUCACACACAUGAGGUGUGGAUGAAGCAGGUGGGGCGCAAUGCUGAGUUUGUUUUCUUGGAGAUGGGUCCAUGCCUACUCUAUUUGGAUAUCAAGUGCAGGAUGCUGUAUAAAGUGUAUGAGAGGACAAGCGAGAUUCAGUGGUUGGGUUUUAUCCGUCCUCUUAUGAUGAUCUGGCCUCCCACAUUCCCUGCGCUCAAGGAUGAUCCUGCAAGAUGUACCAGUAUGAAGUUCUUCCUCCUAUACGACAAUGGUAUAAUCAUCCAACCUAACAAUAGUAUGUUCUGA